AUGCACCACAUCGCCGCCGCCGCCCAAGCCCACGCGCGCGCACCCAUCGUCGCGCGCGCCCACGCGUCUUCCCGCCGCCCGACCCGCCGCGCCUCCGUCAUCGCCAACGUGGGAAGGUCCAAGACCAACGAGCUCACCGGUGAGCCCGAAUGGGUGGAGAUCAGCGACGCGGCCGCCGCGAUCGAGGACGCGCAGGAGCAGUACGGCGCCGGGGACUUCGCGGGCGCCGUGAAGACCCUGGAGGGCGCGCUGAAGCUCGGCGGGAGCGGCGUGAAGCGCGACAGGUCCAAGCCCGCGGAGCUCUCGCUGGGCGAGAAGCAGUCUAUCUUCUACAACCUAACGUCGGCGCACUCCAAGCUGGGAGCGGUGGACCGCGGCCUGGAGGCGCUGGAGGCUCUGCUGCAGGCCGGGUACUGCUCGGCGCAGCUGUACGGGUUCGGCAAGGCCAACGAGGAUUACGUUCGGCUGCUGAGGGACCCGGAUUUGGAGUCGGUGAGAGGCGACGCGAGGUUCAAGCAAAUCGUCGACAAGUACCAGGUGACGCCGACGGAGCUGCAGCUCCAGCUGGACCCGUCGCAGUCCGUCAUCGGCCGCGCGAUGAAGAUGUGGGGGUCCAAGAAGUGA